AUGUUCACCUUCGUGGUUCGCGACGAGAACAGCAGCGUCUACGCCGAGGUGUCCCGGCUGCUGGUCGCCUCCGGCCACUGGAAGAGGCUGCGGCGGGACAACCCCAGGUUCAACCUGAUGCUGGGCGAGCGGAACCGGCUGCCCUUCGGGAGACUGGGUCAUGAGCCUGGGCUGGUGCAGCUGGUGAACUACUACAGGGGGGCGGACAAACUGUGUCGCAAAGCUUCUCUAGUGAAGCUAAUCAAGACAAGCCCAGAACUGGCCGAGUCCUGCUCAUGGUUCCCCGAGUCCUAUGUGAUCUACCCCACUAACCUCAAGACCCCAGCUGCUCCCGCGCAGAAUGGAAUCCACCCGCCGAUGCCUAGCUCGAGGACGGACGAAAGGGAAUUCUUCCUGGCUUCUUAUAACAAAAAGAAGGAGGAUGGAGAGGGCAAUGUUUGGAUUGCAAAGUCAUCUUCCGGUGCCAAAGGUGAAGGCAUCCUCAUCUCCUCGGAUGCUGCAGAACUUCUGGAUUUCAUAGACAACCAGGGCCAGGUGCACGUGAUCCAGAAAUACCUCGAGCGCCCUCUGCUGCUGGAGCCCGGGCAUCGCAAGUUCGACAUUAGAAGCUGGGUCUUGGUGGAUCACCAAUAUAAUAUCUACCUCUAUCGGGAGGGCGUGCUGCGGACUGCAUCAGAACCGUAUCAUGUUGAUAAUUUUCAAGACAAAACCUGCCACUUGACCAAUCACUGCAUUCAAAAGGAAUAUUCAAAAAACUAUGGGAAGUAUGAAGAAGGGAAUGAAAUGUUCUUUGAGGAGUUCAAUCAGUACCUGACCAGUGCUUUGAACAUUACCCUGGAGAAUGCUAUCUUAGUCCAAAUCAAACAUAUUAUAAGGAGCUGCCUCCUGAGCGUGGAGCCCGCCAUCAGCACCCGGCACCUCCCUUACCAGAGCUUCCAGCUGUUUGGCUUCGACUUCAUGGUGGACGAGGAGCUGAAGGUCUGGCUCAUCGAGGUCAACGGCGCCCCCGCUUGUGCUCAGAAGCUCUACGCGGAACUGUGCCAGGGCAUCGUGGACAUAGCCAUAUCCAGCGUCUUCCCGCCCCCCGACGCCGAGCAGCAGCAGAGCCAGCCAGCCGCGUUCAUCAGGCUGUGA